AUGAGAGAAGUCAACUUCAGCAUUGCCAACGUCAACAAGGCGUCGGUCGGCAUCACCACUGCCCUCUAUGACCGACGAGCCCUCGACUGCACGUCCACUCUUCCUCUCAUCAACUCUCUCAACCAUCUCGCCUACCUCACCACCUCAUCUGCCCGCAUCCGCGACAUCCUCACUGUUGAUGGCGGCAUCGAGCGUUUGGUGUGCAUACUGAAACGCGGACGCAGCAAGGACAUGAUGGACAUGUGGAAGUGGAACUUGGCCUUUCAGUGCGUCGUCAACAUCGGCGUCAGGGGCACGGAAAAUGUCCGCACACGCGUCGUCGAAGCCGACAUGGUCCCUGUCAUCGCUACCAUCCUUGAUAACUACAUCAAGGUCACCGAGAAAUGCAGAGACAAGUCGGAUGACAAGAGCAAAGAUCAUCACCACCGCCACAGGAACCACGAACACCGCAGCGUCCACAAGGCCCCAUCCUUCACCAACAGAUCCAGUCGCGUCGAGGUUGACCAGAGAUCUUCCCGGCGACAGGCGCCUCCCCCUUCCAUCGACGUCUCCGCCACCUAUGCCGGCUCUUCGUCCUCUGGCUCGGCCGCCGACCAGCAGCAGACCACGGAAAUGACCCCAACUCCUCAGUAUCCUCUGGCUGCAUCUACUGAAAGGCCUGCGUUCCCGCCUCCCCGUCACCACCAUCAUCAUCACCACCACCAUCACCAUUACCGGGCUGCCGAGGCCCGCCACGCGGUGGCCUCUCCAUCUCGUCAAGUUGUUCAGCCUCUCGCGCCCGCUGUUCCUCCCGCCGAGUCUGCCGAUGGCUUCGUCCGACCCGUACGUGACGUUGAUCGCCUCGCGUCGAUGAUGUCCCUGGGCAAUGCGAACAUGACCUCGCAACCGUCUUCUCCCACGACUCCGCUCCCGCCCCCUCAAAUGCGUUCGCCUACUGUCCGACCUACCUCGAUGUUGGCACCAACAAGCCGAUCCCGUCGCCGCCCCUCUAUCAGACACCAGAAUUCCACCGUCGAUUCCGAUGAUUUGGUCGGCGACGAUGCUCCUUCGGACGAGUCCCCGGAUGCGGAAAUGUCAGGCACUGUUAACGACAUACAAUCAGCCGUUAACAUUCAGGACAUCACCAUGGAGGAGGGCGACAGUAUGCUCGCGGGAUCUGCCACCAUGGAUCUCAACACGCCUACUGUGUCUGAGACGCAGGAUACGGGCGCAUUCAACAUCACCCACCGUGGCCCUGUCGACACUAGCAAUGCCGCUGCUACAACUCCUGCCCCCGUGCCUCCCAUUGGCCUAUCGCCGAAUCGCCCUGCCAUGGUCACGCCACCUCAGCCAGCGAUUCCCAAUGCCAGCGUUCCCCGAUACCUUCUCGACAGGCAGUUCGUUCCCAACGCCCAGGUGCUUGCCGCGAUGCCCCGCGAGGAAGACGUUUUGAUGUCCCUCCAGCUGUUGGCAUACGUGUCCAAGUACUGCGGUUUGCGGUCCUACUUUCAGAAGAGCCACUUGGUUCCCAGGCUCAAGAUCGGCAAAGAGCUCCGCUGUCUAGAUGGUGACCACGUCGCAGCGGACCAAGGCGAGGAGGAGGAAUUGGAGGAGGAAUACCUACUCCCCAACGACUUCAACAUAUUCCCCCUUGUGGAGAAAUUCACCGUGCGACACCACAGUACAGAUAUGCAGUACUGGGCUGGCGUCGUGAUGAGGAACUUGUGCCGGAAGGAUGACACUCGAGGAGGCAUUCGACAAUGCGCCUACUACCAGUGCGGCAAAUGGGAAGAGUUCACCCGCCAGUUUGCCAAGUGCCGUCGCUGCCGACGCACCAAGUACUGCAGUAAGGAAUGCCAGAAGAGUGCGUGGGCGUUCCAUCGGCACUGGUGCGUGGCGGCGACCCAGUGA